AUGCCCAAGCCGCCAAAGCCUGUUCGAUCCAUUACUGAAACAGAGAAGAACAGCACACACACUCAGACUAAGCUUGACAAAAUUUUGAAAUCAGGGGCUUUGAAGAUUUACAGCAAGGUGAAACAGCCAACUCAUUUCCUUAACUCUCUUUUCACCGCCAAAAAAUCCAAGAGCUCGUCCUCCGCCCAUGCCGUUCAAUCACCUUCUGGUAGGAGUAGGAGUGGAAAACGUGGUACUGAUCGGGUUAAAAAAACGGUUCGUUUCGACCCUGUGACUGUCAUUGUGGAUGAGAAUGGUCGCUCAUGCGGUCACAAACGGUCACAUGAAUUCCAAGUGUCCGAGAGAACGCGGCGAGUGGAGGAAGCAGCCAGAGAGGAAUUUAGGAGAUACUAUCGUCAAAUCCAGAGAGAUUUUCUUUGGGAUGACGAUGUAGUUUCCUGUUCAAGUUCGGAUCUUUUCGAGCUUGAAAUCUUGAGUAAAUAA